AUGCCCCUCCUUACGUUCGCCGUCGCCCUCCUCGCCCUCCUUCCGGCCAGCCAGGCCCUCCCUGCCUCGAUACACUACCCCCGCGCGUCGAUCAGCGCGCUCAGCACCACGCAGAUAUCCUCGUUCAAGCCGUACACGUUCUACGCCAGUGCUGGGUACUGUAACGCUGCAAAGACAUUAGCGUGGAACUGCGGGGCCAACUGUCAGGCGAACCCGAGCUUCGUCCCCACGGCGUCGGGAGGGGAUGGGGACACCUCCCAGUUCUGGUUCGUGGGGUACGACCCGACCCUAGACACGGUCAUCGUCUCGCACCAGGGCACCCAUCCAGAGGCGAUCUUGCCUCUCAUCGAAGACGCAGACAUUGUCCCGGAAAACCUCGACUCUAGCUUGUUCCCGGGGAUUAGCUCGUCCCUCAAAGCACACUCCGGGUUCGCAGAUGCCCAGGCGAAGUCCGCGACGCAGGUCCUGGCGGCGGUGAACACGACGAUGUUGAAGCACAGCACGAACAAGAUAACGCUUGUCGGCCAUUCCCUCGGUGCCGCGAUCUCCCUGCUCGACACCGUCUAUCUGCACCUCCAGCUCCCCUCCGCGGCUCUGAGCUUCGUAGGGUACGGCCUCCCGCGCGUGGGCAACCAGGCAUUCGCGGACUACGUCGACGCGCUCGGCGCGAGCGUCACGCACAUCAACAACAAGGAGGACUUCAUCCCGAUUUUGCCGGGCAUGUUCCUCGGAUUCGUCCACCCCGCGGGCGAGGUGCACAUCACCGACGCGAACGCGUGGGACGCGUGCCCCGGCCAGGACAACCCGAGCACGCAGUGCACCGUCGGCGACGUGAAGUCGAUCUUUAGCGGCGAGGAGGCGGACCAUGAUGGCCCGUAUGAUGGCGUCGAGAUAGGGUGCUGA